GAAACCAAGCAUGAGUAUUGUUGUUCUUGUUCUUGCCUUACUUGCCUUGGCAACCAUCAACUUUUGUUUCUGCAGCAACAGAAGCACUCACCUAAAUUGCAUCGAAAGUGAGAGACAAGCACUUUUAAAAUUGAAGCAGGAUUUUGGAGAUGAAUCAAACAUGCUUGCUUCUUGGAGUGGUGAUGGAAAUUGCUGUUCAUGGGCUGGUGUUAUCUGUGACAAUUUGACCGGCCACGUCCUUGAGCUCCACCUUGAAGGCGAUUCGGCACGAUUCUUGAGAGGCAAGAUAAAUCCCUCUUUGGCUGAUUUGAAAGAUUUGGUUCACUUGGACUUAAGCAACAAUUGUUUUGUGGAUAUUAUUCCUCCAUUCCUCGGUUCUAUGAAAAAGUUAAGGUACCUUAAUCUUUCUUAUGGUGGAUUUAGGGGAAUGAUUCCUCCUCAACUAGGAAAUCUUUCCGAUCUACAGUAUCUUGACCUUUCUACACAUGGCAUCUUGACAGGAAUGAUUCCUCAUCAAUUGGGAAAUCUCUCCAACUUGAGAUAUCUUGACCUCAGAGGUGGGAUUGGCUUGAAUGUUGAGAAUUUGUCUUGGCUAUCUGGUCUUUCUUUGAUGGAGCACCUUGAUUUGAGUGGUGUGAACCUCACCAAAUCUUCCGACGGGCUGCUGGUGAUAAAUCGUCUCCCUCUUUUACAAGUGCUAAAAUUGUCAACGUGUCAACUUCAUCACUUUCCUCCCUUACCAAUUGCAAACUUUUCAUCUCUUACUAUCCUUGAUCUUUCUCUGAACCAAUUAGGUACCUCUAUUCCUAGUUGGAUUUUUGGUCUUAAAGACUUGAUCUUUCUUUCACUAUAUGGUAAUGAUUUUCAAGGUCCAAUUCCAAAUGGACUUCAAAACUUGACAUCUCUUAGGCACUUUGAUUUGUCUGGGAACUUAUUCAACUCUUCCAUACCCGACUGGCUGCACAAAUUUAGUUUCCUUGAGUUCUUUUCUCUUGAAAGGUCUCCUUAUGACUUCAUACCAUGUGGUGAACUUGAAGGUAGUAUUCCAAGGUCAUGGGGAAGACUUUGUAACUUGAGAUCACUUGACUUAAGCUGUGUCAAGUUGAAUCAAACGAUAUCUGAAAUCUUAGAUAUCUUUUCAGGUUGUGUUUCAAAUGGCCUAGUGUCAUUGGCUUUGAAUCAAGCACAACUUUUUGGUCAUUUAACCGACCAGUUUGGCAAAUUAAAAAAUUUAGUUUCUAUUGAUCUAAGUUAUAACUCCAUAGUUGGUUAUGUUCCAGAUUCUUUAGGACAACUUUCAUCCUUGGAAGAAGUAGAUCUUUCCUUUAACAAAUUGGAGGGAACUAUAUCUGAAAUUCACUUUGUCAAUCUCACAAGACUAUAUGCUUUUGAUGUAUCUGAAAACUCACUAUCAUUGAAAGUUAGUCCUGAUUGGAUUCCUCCUUUCCAACUUGGAGUGCUUGGUUUGCGUUCUUGUCAUUUAGGGUCUCGAUUUCCAUCGUGGCUUCCUUUGCAAAAGAAUUUAUUUGCUUUGGAUAUAUCAAACUCAACACUUGUAGAUACCAUAUCUAUUAGAUUCUGGGAAUUUUUUUCCCAAAUAUCUGUUUUAAAUCUCUCUCACAACCAAAUUCAUGGAGAAAUUCCAAAUUUAAGGGAGACUGCUCCUUUUGGAAGUCUGUUCUUGCAGUCAAAUAGUCUAUCAGGUCCAUUGCCUAAUAUGUCUUCCUUGCGUCCCGCUGAAAUCAAUCUUUCCAACAAUAAUUUCUCAGGAUCCAUAUUUCAAUUUCUGUGUUCUGGGUUUAACAAUCUUGAGUUUCUCAACCUUAAAGGAAACUUCUUAUUUGGAGAGUUGCCCGAUUGUUGGGAGUAUUUCAAAAGUUUGAAGAUACUUGAUUUAGGGAACAAUAAAUUUACGGGGAACCUUCCAACCUCCAUCGGAAAUUUGGAUUCCCUUCAGUCACUUCACCUUAGAAGAAAUAAACUUUCUGGACCAUUACCUAUGUCAUUUAGAAAUUUAGCAAAUUUAAAGAUACUUGACAUAAGUCAAAAUGAGUUUGUCGGAAAAGUUCCAGCAUGGAUCGGAGAAACAUUUUCAAGAAUGAUAAUUCUCAACCUCCGUUCAAAUAAGUUUUAUGAUGUUUUACCGGUGGAGCUUUGUCAGCUAUCUUCUCUGCAAAUCUUAGACCUUGCUUAUAACAAUUUCUUUGGAAGAAUACCAGCAUGUCUCAAUAAUUUCAGUGCCAUGGCGACAAAGCAAUAUUCCAUAGGUGACCGUUAUCUGUUCAACGAAAUCACGGGUGAGAAAUUUAUUGUGGAUGUUCGCCUUGUUAUGAAAGACAAAUGGAGGAAUAUAGCACUAUUCUUAAUUUGGUAAGAAUUAUAGACCUUUCCAAAAACAAUUUUUCUGGAGACAUUCCUGUUGCAGUAACAAACCUUGAAGCACUGCAAACACUGAAUUUGUCAAAUAAUUUUCUUACCGGAGGAAUUACUAGAACCAUUGGUGCUAUGACAUCUAUAGAAUCCCUUGAUUUCUCUGGCAAUCAUCUUUCAGGUGAAAUCCCAUGGAGUAUUUCGAACCUGACUUUUUUGAGUCACUUGAACUUAUCCAACAACAACCUCACUGGGAGGAUUCCUUUGAGCACUCAACUACAAAGUUUGGAUGCAUCUUGUUUUGCUGGAAAUGACCUUUGUGGAGAUCCACUUCCUAAGAAUUGUCAUACGACUGAUUCAAUGUCAAACCACAAAGAUGAACAUGAAGUGAAUUGGUUUUAUGUAAGCAUGCCAAUUGGGUUUAUAGUGGGCUUUUGGGGUGUAAUUGGUCCUUUGCUUGUCAACAGAAGAUGGAGGUACAAGUAUUGUUAUUUCUUAGAUUGUCUAGGGAACAAACUUUACUAUUUUGUAAAAAAAUGUUGCUAGAUCCUUUAUAUUC